UAUACUGUAUAUUAUAUUAUAGCUUAUAAUAUCGUUGUCAGUCAUGGAUAAAGUGCAAUUAAUGUCAUAGGAGAAAAUGCUUUGUUUACUCAGGAGAGAGGGACUACUUUUAGCAAUAACAAUUAAGUUCAUGUCGGAGGAAACCUAAGCUCCACCUACUACUUUGUCCAUAAAUAUCACGUAGAGAACAGCAGAGAUCUCACCCAGAACCUCCCAUAUCUCCCAUCCUCACCUCCACCUCCACCUCAGCAGCACAGAAGCUUCUUCUCCACUUUCAUCUAAGUUAAUUCAAAAGGGAAGGUUUUUCACAAAAUUACAAAAACACUGACUCUGAUCAGUAAGUUUCUCGGUGUCUUGGUAGGUCGAAAUCCCACGGUACAAUGUGUCCUCUGAAUCACAGUGACUCUGUGGACGCCGUGGACGUGGACAGGGAUGAGAGUCUGGCCAAAGUGGAGAUCGCUCUUCUCAGCGUCAUCUUUGUCAGCGCCUCCAUUCUCAACGGCGCCGUGCUGUUCCUGCUCUGGAGGCAGCGCAAACAGAUGUCCAGGAUGCGGGUCUUCGUCUUUCACUUGUGCCUGGCGGACCUGGUGGUCGCCUUCUUCCAGGUUUGCCCGCAGCUCAUGUGGGACAUCACGGACAGGUUCGUGGGACCAGACCUGCUGUGCCGCCUAGUGAAGUACCUGCAACUUCUGGGCAUGUUUUCCUCGACUUACAUGGUCGUGGUGAUGACCGUGGACCGGUACCAAGCGGUGUGCAACCCCAUGGUGAAGUUCCAGCGGGAACGCACGAGGCUGAACGUCCCGGUGUGCGUGGCCUGGGGCAUUUCUCUGCUGGGCAGCCUGCCCCAGGUGUUCAUAUUCUCACAAGUGGAGGUUGCGCCGGGCGUCUACGACUGCUGGGCUGAGUUCAUCCAACCGUGGGGGGUUCAGACCUACAUCACCUGGUCCACGCUGGUCAUUUUCGUUUUGCCGGUGAUUGUCAUCGUGGUGUGUCAAGUACGCAUCUGCCGCGCCAUUCAAAUCAACCUGUACCGAAAGGCGAGGCACCUGUCGUCCAGAGCCAGCAGUGUGGGCAGCAUGUCCAGAGCCAGGGUCAAGACGCUGAAGAUGACCGUGUUCAUCGUGGUGGCCUACAUCGUCUGCUGGGCGCCGUUCUUCACCGUCCAGCUCUGGUCCGCCUGGGACGACGACGCGCCCAAAGAAACGGUGUCGUUCACCAUCCUGAUGCUCCUGGCCAGUCUCAACAGCUGUGCCAACCCCUGCAUUUAUCUGCUCUUUGGUGGUCAUCUCCCGAAGAAGCUGGUGUCGAUGCUGUGCCAGCUGUGGUCGAAGGAAUCGAUGCACGAUGACACUACGCUGGUCAGCACGGUGUACAUGAGCUUCAAGAAUGUCUCCGACUCAAAAGCAGGGUAAUGUGUCCACGCCAAAAAAAAAAAAAAAAA